UGGACACAGUUAUGCCAACAAGCCGAUUAUUGAAGGCUACUGAGCCCUCUCUGUCAAUUUGAGCCCGUGCUCUCAUCCCCUUCAUGGUCAGACGGGACACGGACAGAUAACUCGUAGGCUACAUCCUCAGCGUGUUUCUCCGUGGAGCAGAUUCAUUCAUUUUUUUUUUUUCUUUGUUUUUGUAAUGGACGCUAUACCUUUUUUUAGAUGUACAUUGUGAGAACUUUUUAGACGUGAUAUUACCUGUUGUAUCAGGAGUGUCAUUUCUAUUUAUGCAAAUUACUGCAUCUGUUUGGUAUUUUAAAGUUUUGUGACCUUCUGUAAAGCCGCUUCUUUAUUUUUAUGUUAAGUAAGAAGUAGACGUCAAGUGGAACAUGGCACCUGCAGCAAACUUCCUCAGUGAGUGAACUUUACACUCAGGCCCCAACAAGGCUCGCUUUGCUUUGCCCCAGCUUCAGGUGCAAAAAUGAUCAGCCCCUCCAGGAGCACAGAUGACCACAAAGCCACGUGUGAAAGCCCAUCUCACAAGCAGGAGACGCCCAGGUUCCGCAGCUGGAGCAGCCUCCGCUUCUCGAGGUGGAGGAGCGGGUCCCCGAGGACGACCCCUCCAGGCUCCCCUUCCCCAAAAACCGAGAAGAAGAGUGACGUGACCAAGACCCUGUUCUCCCUGGUCAAGACCCACAACGACGACUACACUGCGGAUCCUGACGGCCUGAUGGAGAACGACGGAGAGGGCGACGCGUCGAACGAAGAGACUGUUGCUGACCAGUCCACCUUCUUCCAGAGGCAGUUUGGCUCCAUGCUGCAGCCGGGGGUCAACAAGUUCUCCUUGCGGAUGUUUGGCAGCCACAAGGGUGUUGCUGCUGAGCAGGAGAGGGUCAAGAGCUUUGGAGUGUGGAUCAUCCACCCCUACAGCGACUUCAGGUUUUACUGGGACAUCGUGAUGCUGCUGUUGAUGAUGAGCAACCUGGUCAUCCUGCCCUGGGGCAUCACCUUCUUUGAAGACCAGAACACCGUUCCCUGGAUCACCUUCAACGUCCUGUCUGACACUCUCUUCCUCUUGGACCUGAUUUUCAACUUCCGUACGGGCAUCUUGGGAGAGGACAGCCACGUCAUCCUGGACCCCAAAGAGAUCCGCAUGCACUACCUCCGCACCUGGUUCAUGGUGGACUGUAUCUCCUCCAUCCCUGUCGACUACUUCUUUCUCAUCGUCGACCUGGAGGCCCGCCACGAGUCGUCCGACGUGUACCGCACUGCCCGCGCGCUCCGAAUUGUGCGAUUCACCAAGAUCCUCAGCCUGCUGCGUCUCCUCCGACUGUCUCGCCUCAUCCGAUACAUUCACCAGUGGGAAGAGAUUUUCCACAUGACUUAUGACCUGGCCAGUGCGGUGGUACGUAUUGUCAACCUGAUUGGCAUGAUGCUGCUAUUGUGCCACUGGGACGGCUGCAUGACCUUCAUGGUUCCUAUGCUGCAAGAAUUUCCUCCAGACUGCUGGGUUGCUAAAAACAACAUGGUGAAUGCUACAUGGCACAUGCAGUACUCCUACGCCCUGUUCAUGGCCAUGAGCCACAUGUUGUGCAUAGGGUAUGGUGCCCACCCCCCAGAUAGCUUUAGCGACGUUUGGCUCACCAUGGCCAGUAUGGUUAUUGGAGCCACCUGCUACGCCAUGUUCCUCGGCCACGCAACUAACCUGGUCCAGUCCUUGGAUGCAUCGCACCGGCAGUACCAAGAGAAGUACAAGCAAGUGGAGCAGUACAUGUCGUUUCAUAAGCUGCCUGCGGACGUGAGACAAAGGAUCCAUGAUUAUUACGAGCAGCGAUUCCAGGGCAAGAUGUUUGAUGAGGACAGCAUCCUCGAAGAGCUCAGCGAUCCUCUCAAGGAGGAGAUUGUCAGCUAUAACUGUCGAGGCCUGGUGGCCAACAUGCCGCUGUUCGCCAACACUGACCCACAUUUUGUGACCGUGAUCCUGACCAAGCUGCGUUUCGAAGUCUUCCAACCCGGAGACUUGAUUAUACGAGAAGGGACGCUGGGCAGGAAAAUGUACUUCAUCCAGCACGGCACCGUCACCGUCUUGCCACGUGGCAGUAAGGAGAUUCAGCUCAACGAUGGAGCGUAUUUUGGGGAGAUCUGCCUGCUCACCCAGGGGCGACGCACAGCUAGCGUGAGGGCCGAGACCUACUGUCGCCUCUACUCGCUGAGUGUGGACAGCUUCAACGAGGUCCUGGAGGAGCAUCCUCUGAUGAGGAGGGCGUUUGAGAGCGUGGCGGUGGAUCGCCUGGGCCGGGUAGCUCGCAGACCCAGUUACGAGCCUCCGGAGUGACAUCAUCUGACGCCAUCAGAGACAGGCUCCGCCCUGAAAUGUUGAGCACGCUUGUCACUUUUUACUGAACUCGUCCGCAUAAAAAAAAAAUUAAAUCUUGCGGCAUUCUUCUGAAAAAUGUUGUAUCAUCCGUUGAUGUUAUAUUGCUACUUGAAUGUCAGUAGGCUAUAUGCUCACGUUUGUGUUAGUUCUGUUUGCUGUUCAUAUUAGAGCGACUCUAUAAUUUACAAACUGCAUGGAAAACACCUUCCUGAACCAGUUAUCAGUCAUUAUCUACAACAGUGUCAUUUUCCAGAUGUAGAUACUGCUUUAAGACUACUUAUCAGUGGCCUGAGUGCAGCGCCUGUAUGCUUAUCCAUCACAUCCUCCAUACAGGAUAUUGAAUGCAUACAGGUGCACCAGCUGUCGGUUCAUGUUACAGCUUUGUGCAGCUUCAAUUUAAUUUAUCCCUCAAGUCUGUAGGUCGCAUGAAAUAGAGUUUAAUACCAAUGUACACGGAAGAUAAGCUACAGUGAUGUACUAAUUCCAACUGUACAAAGACUCAGUGCUUCAUUUUAUAUAUUCAGUAUUAUCAGCUGUAAUUUAUUUCCAAGCAUGAAGGUCUUAAAAUGAUUUACGAACUGUAUUGUAUGGUUUAAAAAUGCGUUUAUUCAAAUGAACUCUCUGUAGUUUAGUUAGCACAUGACAGCUGGAACUUAUUUCUGCAAAGAAAAUGUGUUUAAACUGCUUACUAGCCCAUUAUUCUUCACGUACUGAUUUAAAUUCAGCUUGAUUCAGUAGACUUAAAAAAAAAAAACAGCCUUUCAGGGAGAGCUUCACAAUGAUGAUAUAUUAACCUCGUGAAUGAGCUCAGUUUUGACCACAAUGCUUGAAUCUUUUUGGUCAUAUGGAGAGUCUGGGAAAGUAUCCUGAUAAUGAAGAUGUCAUGUAAAUAUAAAUAUUUCUACC